GGCGGGGCCAGGCCCGGGGAGGAGGAUGAGGAGGAAAAGGAGAAGGAGGAGGAGAAAGCAACGCGACGGGACGGGGUUAAUCGGCUCUCGGGAUGCCCCAGCGCCGGGCCGUGCCCACGCUGACCUCGCUGUGCCUGCAGAACCUGGCCCAGCACAUGCAGAGCCUCUGGGCCAAGGACUACAGUGACAAUUACCUGGACGAGUACGACUUCCGCUUCCUCGUGGGGCCCUUCAACGACCUGGCCUGCGGGCUGGUGCAGGAGCUGCUGCGGCUGCUGGGGACGAGCCGGCGGCUGUCGCGGGCAGCGCUGCACCUGCUGCUGCUGCCACACCUGCGCCAGCUCAGCCUGAGAUCCUGCCCUGCCCUGGCCAACAACGCCCUGGGGCACCUCAUCGUGCUGCGCUGCCAGGGUCUGAGCGUGCUGGAGCUGGGCGGCUGCGGGCGGCUCUCGCCGUCCGUGCUGGUGGACCUGGCCGAGGGGCUGCCCCGCCUGAGCCGCCUGGGGCUGGCCCACACCCAGGCCAACCUCCAGGUGCUGUCGGCCGUGGGCUCCUGCUGCCGCCACCUGCGGGAGCUCGAUGUCACCGGCUGCAGGAAGGUGACACCGCGCGCCCUGCGCCACCUGGCCUACGACCCUGCCGAGCGGAUCCCGGGCUGUCCCACGCUCCGGGUGCUGCUGGCCCGCGACCUGGAGCACGCCGGGGAUGGGGACGCGGUGGCUGCCGUGGCCUUCGUGCUGCUGGCCCUGCCGUGCCUGGAGGUGCUGGCACACGGUGCCCUGCCGGAUGCCCUGCGGUUGCUGCACUCGGGGGAGCUGGGUGGCACCGAGGACUCCGAGGGAUUCCCCUCGCUGGAGGAGCUGGCGCGGGGCCGGGAGGCUGCAAAGGAGGGAGCCCCGCUCACGCUGCCCCUGCGGCAGCUGGAGGAGGUGGAGGAGGACGCCCUGAGCACCGUCCACGCCGUGUGUCCCCAGGCCCAGGAGGUCAGCGUGUGGCUUGGGGACAGUCCCGGCUCCUCAGGGCUCCGGGAGCUGCCGGGCUGGCGUCGCCUGUCCCGAGUGACGCUGGGCUGCUCCGGGCGGCACGGCCGGGCGCUGGCAGAGCUGCUGCCCCUGGCACAGGGCCUGGGCACCCGCCUGCGUGCCCUGACCCUGCACGGCUUCACCUGCCGGGACCCUCUCUCGCUGCCCGCCCUCCUCGCCGGCUGCCCCGGCCUGCAGAGCUUCAGCGCCGAGCUGGAAGUGCCACCGGACCCCCGCGCCCACCAGGAGCCCCCCGAGGAGGAGCCCCCCGAGGAGGAGCCCCCCGCCCCGGCGCCACGCUGGGCCACCGACCUGCUGCCCCGGGGGCUGCCCCAGCUCCAGAGCUUCUCGCUGAGCCUGGCCGGGCCCGUUCCAGCCGCACACGGGCCGGUGCUGAGCUCCACGCUGGCCUCGGUGCUGUGCGGGGCCCCGCGGCUGCAGACCCUGCGCCUGCUGGCGCUGCCCUUCCCGCUGGACUCGGUGCUGGAGCCGGCGCUGCCGGGGCUGCCGGAGCUGCGGGAGCUGUCGCUGGCCGGGAGCCGCGUGUCCCCCGGCACCGUGUGGCAGCUGCUGGGCUCCGAGGGGCCCCUGCGGCGCCUGGAGCUGUCCCGCUGCCCCGACAUCCACCGGCGCGACUACGACAGCUUCCUGCAGGAGGUGAGGAAGCAGCGCCUGGAGCUGGACAUCACCUGGGAGUAGCGCCGGGGUUUUUAAUAAAAGCGUCACAGUCA